UUGGAAGUGUAUCAGUACAAGAUUGUGAAAUUUUCAAGUUGGGUCUCUUCUCUGGUAAAUCUUGUUAAUUUAAGCAUAGAGAAUUGUAAAAGAUGCAGAUAUCUGCCACCAUUGUCUCAUCUCCCCUCUUUAAAAUCUCUAAUGCUUGAUACGAUGAAUUUAGAGUACAUAUCCGAUAAUGAUAUGAGUAAAGAGGUGCCUGCUUCAUCCACAACACUAUCAACAGCGUUCUUCCCAUCUUUAAAGUCAUUCACAAUAGAAGAAUGUCCUAAUUUGAAGGGAUGGUGGGGGAGAACACCAGAUCAUCAACAAGAUCAGUCUCACCACUCACUACCUUUAUUUCCUCUUCUUUCUCGUUUGCAGAUUAGUAAUUGCCCUAAAAUGACUUCCAUGCCCCUGUUUCCCAAUCUCGAAGAACGGCUAUUUUUAUCGAAUGUCAGUUUGAGGCCUUUGCAAGAGACAAUGUCAAUGAAUUUUUCAGUUCCCUCUUCCUCCUCCUCAUUAUCCUCUUCUUCUCCUCUCUCCAAAUUAAAUAAGAUGACUUUAGUUUCUAUAGAAGAUAUAGAGUCUCUUCCGGCUAAGUGGGCACUAUAUUCUCUCAAGGAACUACACAUUCGGAAUUGCCCUAGACUAACAUCUAUGUCUGGAGCGGUGCAUUAUCUCACCUCCCUCUGUUCGCUAUCAGUUGGCAAUUGCGAGGAGUUCGAUCCAUUAAGAGACAUGCAUGAUGAUGGCAUGGAAUGGCGAUGCCUCAUUUGCCUCUGUGAUUUAUAUAUUAGUGGCAUUCCGAAACUGAAGUCUCUCCCUGUGGGUCUUCAAUGUAUUUCCACCCUAAAAAAGCUCACCAUUUCAAACUGUCCCAAUUUAAUGACUUUGCUGGAGCUCACCUCACUUGAAUAUCUUCAUAUUAAAAGAUGCGAGCCUAAUCUGACAUCACCUCUUGAGAUUAGUUGUCUCACUUCUUUACGGUCGCUGGAUAUUGGAGACUUUCCCAAUUUGAUUACUUUUCCCGAAUCAAUUGGGAAUCCAAUCUCAUUUGAAACGCUUUCCAUUUGGGGAUGUCCCAAUCUCACAACACUACCUGAUGAUGGUUUUCUCAAGUCUUUACAAAAACUGGAAAUUCGGAAUUGUCGUCAGUUAGCGGAAAAAUACAAAAAUAAAAUCGAUAAGGAUUUCCCUAAUUUGGAAAUCGAUUGGGGGUAUUGAGACCACAGCAGCAAACGACUCUACUUCGUCUUCUGCAACGGCCACUCCCCUCUUUCACUUGGCAGAAAUUGCUGGGGAAUGGUCUAAGACUACUCGCAUCCAAAAUUGAAUGUAUUUCAGAAGGAUAUACUAUAGAAUGUGGAAAAGCGGGGAAUAUAAAAACAGACCAGAGUUUGUGAUCUCCAAAGGGAGUCAAUACUGCAAUUAUUUUGGCACGGAUAAAGAUCACAACAAGGUGUUAACAGAAGAGUUGUUCCUUUUCAAGAAUGGCUUCAUUAUGCACACAGCUGAUUUCUUAGUGAAGCUAUUGAAAAUUUUCAAACCUAAACAGGUUUAGUGAAUUCAUCAGUUAUUGAAUUCUGAAUGUGGGAGCUUCGAAUUUGGAAACACAGUUUUUUGUGAAUUUACUGCAACUACAAGAAAAUAAACUGGUGUAAAUCUCCCUCUUAUCUUUAUAUAUCUUAUUUCAAAGAUUAGGUUUUGCAAGAUGGUAGAAAUUGUAUUAUUUUCCCCUCUUUUCCUUUUUUUUAAAGUUAAUUCUCAAA